AUGGCGACAUGUGAGCGGGAGCCUACAGAGGAUUUUUCAUUCAGAGGAAAGAGACGUCGUUUAGAUGAAGAAGUUUUAAAAAUAUCAAUAUGCAAACAGCAGUUUAAAAGAUGGUGUAAUUUCAAGAUUAAAGUCAAAUGUACACGCGACUCGGAAGGAAUACAAAUCCUGCUAGACCAUUGGUACAGGACUUUCCCAGAUACGUCUAUAGAGAGGGAAAAUGGUGCAAAGAGAAAAGGGAGAGAGACCAGGCCUAUGUCUACAGCAGGAAACGGGACGCUGCCUAACACAGAAACGCAGAACAGUGAAGAUGAAGAUUGUGUUACAUGUACCGGGUUAUCACCAACAGAACAUGUACAGACAGAGAUAGAUAGCAUACCAUUGAAGAUGGAGGUGGAUGAUGAUAUUGUAACUGAGGAACCAGAAAACACAGAGAUUGAACGAGUACUAAGUCCGAGUGUGAUGGUCACAGAAGAUAAUCUGAAUAAAGAAAUCAAAAAAGAAAAAAUGUGGACUCAGAAAUUCUGUUUUUUGUCAAACUGCAAUCAGCGUGUUGUUCCAAGGCAUGCUGAAGUCAAGAAGCUAAAUGAAGCUGAUCUGGGUAACAAGGUUGUGAAUUUUACCAUUGACGAAAACCCAGCAACAUUCCGAGAAUCGGUCUUCAGUGCAUGCCCACAACUGAGGGAAGCAGGUGGAUUCGAGUUGUUCCGAAGGAAAAGCACGUUUGGUUUAGAGAAUAUCUCCGAACCUCCUGGUGGGUUUACCACUUCAUAUUUGAUGGAGAGAAAUGAGCUUAAUGGAAUCGUCUGUUAUGUUAGGCCAAGGAAGAGUAUUUCAGUGAAAUCAAUUGAGUCUUGUCCAAGGAGAAUACGGAAUGACCUUAAUUUUGCUCAAAAAAUUCAAGUCCUAGACCUGCUGAAACAAGGCAGAAAGCAGACAGAAGUGGCCAGGCGCAUGGGUUGUUCUCAGUCUGUGAUUUCCUUAAUUGCUUCCAGAGAAAAGGAGAUCUACUCACAUGGGAAUAAUUUAAAUCCAAGUAGAAAACGCCUGCGACCCGGAAAAGCAGCAGACAUGGAGGUUGCCCUUACAAAUUGGUUUAAAAGCAUUUACACCCCCGGAAAAUACAUUCCUAAUUCUAUAAUAAUGGAGCAGGCGGAACUGGAGGCAAGGAAGCUUGGAAACCUGUCUUUUAAUCCUACCUCUGGCUGGCUCAAUAGAUGGAAACUACGGCAUAAUAUACCCUCGACAGCCAUCAAGAAAAAACGAGUAGAUGCUCAGAACAAGUCAACCAAUGAGGAAGAGGUUUCUGAACAGGAAGUUGAGGAAGAGGAAGUAGCUCCUGAAGACGCUGAAACUGAGGCUGUAUCUCAAGAUGAUGACUCGAGAUCUCAGAAUGAUGACUCAGUAUGUCAGCGAGAUGGGACCUUAUCUCACAAUGAGGACUCGAACCCUCAUCAAGAGAAUGGAAUGAAGCAGACAGAAGUUGCAGAGAAAGCAAGUGAGAAAGUCAGAAGUGAUGGGAUUGUGACAAAGGAUUUGCCUGAUAAAGGCAAGGAAACCACCACAACAAACAAUUCAGUGGAAAUUCCUGAGUACCCCAGGACUCAUAAACGUAAUGACCUAAGCCUGAAAGAUGAAAUGCGUGUCAUAGAACUUCUAGAUCAGAAACUCUCGCAGACAAAAAUUGCCAAACAAUUAGGAUGCUCGCAGUCCCUUAUCUCCAGAAUCGCUAACAGUAAGGAUGAAGUCAGAGCACAGUUUCUGACUUCAGAGAAUCUGAAUCGGAGAAGGAAAAGGAAUGGAAAAGCCCCGGACGUCGAAACUGUACUGUGGGCUUGGUAUCAAAGUCUACUGGAUCAGGAACCCGGAAAACAGAUAACAAAUGGAAUGUUAAAGGAUCAAGCAAAGAAGUUGGCAGAUGAAUUUGGAAUGCCUUCAUUUCCUGCAAGCUCGGGAUGGCUUUACAGGUGGAAACACAGACAUAACUUAGUGGUUCAGCCUUACAAGAAGACAAAAACAAAAUCUCAUGAGAAAAAUAACUCAACACUGGAAAAUCUCAAUGACGAGACAGGGAAUUCUAUAACUGGAGCUUCAGGUCUACAAUCAGAGGAAGAAGAAGACCAGGACGAUGUGUCGAGUGAACUGCAUGGUGAAAACAAUAACACUGACAAUCAAUAUCUGUCUCAGAAUGUGGAACCCAAUGUUGAGCUUCUUGCUACCCAACCUGAAAAAGAUACCUCAGGAUCAUCUGCUGUGAAUGUUCCUGACUCCAAAAUGAAUGAGAAGGUUGAAACACGUCCUCUUUUAGAAGCAUCAGAAAAAGAUACAAGUGCAUCAAAUAUUCCAGAGAAAAAUUCACAUGAGAGUGAUGUUAGGACUACUACACUGGACAAACAGUUGGAGACGCAGAAGUUGUUGGCGACAGCAUUCUUGCAUUCACUUAAUAUACUUGGACCCCAGACUUCUGGUCAAGGCAGUAGCUCACUUUCUCCACAGCUUAGCGGUUCAGCUCAGGAAAUGGUUCGGAACAUAUUGGAACUAUGUCAGGGUCCAACUCAAAAUCCUUCUACUCCAACUAAAAACCAAUCAGAGGAACCUAAAUCUGUAGAAAGUUCGGUGGCUCCAUCAGGGGUUAAUACCAGUAUGCCCUCUCCAAAACCAUCAACAGUUGUAUCAAGUGUUCAAAAUUGUAGAGCAAAUGAGACAGAAACAUGUGGUAUUGGACUUAGGACUCCUUCACAGACCCACAUGUUGUCAGAUUCAACAUCUUUGGAUGCUGGUAUGUCUUCCAUUGCACACGAACCAUGUUCCUCAUCAUCAACAUCCACAACUGCUUCAAAAACUACAUCUAAAGAUCAGGCAAACAAUUCAGCAAUAGCUUUCAUGCCACCAGCAGUGUCUGAAAUAGCAUCAUCAUCCACCAAUACUUCUUGUAUUGAUGGAACAGUAGGGAUCGUAUCUUCUACGUCGUCAAAGGCCCCCAAGAAACAAACCUCAACCACUAAUGGUUUAAGUACCACAUCAAAGUCCAAAUCAAAAUUGAAGAGUAAAUCUACUCCUUUGUCAAAUGUGCCGGAGGAGCCUUUGACUCCAAGGUAUAGCACUCGUAAAAGGACCACGAAUAAAAUUGUACAGAAACUUGCCGAGGAGGAGAGCGAACCUGACUUGAAUGAUGACAGCGAUAAUGAUCCUAACUGGGAGGAAACAGAGAGGAAGAAAAAGUCAUCCCAUGGCCACAGAAAUCCCAAAGAGGACACAGAUUUGUCAUCAGAUUCUGAUGACUUCAUGGAAUCGGAGGAAGACGAGGAUGCUUUUGAUGAAGAUGAAGAUUAUGAAGAUGAAGAUUCUGCCCCUUCAAAAGAAGAGCGUUAUACUGAUGAUUUCAAACGAAAAAUAAUCUUGUUUGCUGAAAGACAUGGCAACACCAAAACUGCCAUUAGAUUUCACGUUUGCGAGGAAAUGGUUUGGAAAUGGAGAGAAGAGAAGGACACCCUGUUUUCCGUAAAAGGAUCUUCAUCAAAUGAUGCUCACACAUCUGGGUCACAGGCUCAGAUGACAGAUGAGGAGAUAGAUAAUGCCAUAUCGAAAUUCAAGACCACUCAAAGAAGAAGCUUCACCUCCAAAUUCAAACUGGAGGUCGUGGCCUACGCCAUACAGACAAACAAUAUGGCCGCCCAGCGGAAGUACGGUGUAGGUGAAAAACUUAUACGUUACUGGAGAAAACAGAGAAGCAAUCUUGAAAAUAGUAAAAAGAACUUAAGAAAACUUACACCAAGUCGAUGUGCUUGGCCUGAUCUUGACGCUUUGUUGAAGAGUUGGUUUUUUGAACAGAUCGAGUGGGGAAGUGCAUUGUCUUUAGAGAUCAUACGCCAAAAGGCAAUUGAGUUUGCAGAGAUCUUGAAGAUUGAUGAUUUUAGUGGACAUGUAGCUUGGGUGGCUAGGUUUUUGAACAGGAAUAAAAUUUCACUGAGGCAACUUGAAAAGGAGAGAAAAAAUAAAAUGUAUGGAGAAGGAGAGGAUAAAGGGAAGAAAUGAUUGAUACUGCAACCCCCCUACCCCCCCCCCCCCCCACACACACACACACAAUUUUUACUAGUAUGAUACACAUGCACAAAUAGAAAGAAAUACAGUCUUUAAAUGAAAUUUUAGAUUUAAAUCAAUAACAGCAAAAUUUUGGCAAAAAUACCAAGCUUAAU